AUGGCUGACGUCAGGAGUGCCGGCGGUCAGUUCCCGGAUUUUCCGGUGGUUCCGACACACGGAGGUCAGUUCAUUCAGUACGACAUUUUCGGGAACUAUUUCGAGAUCACGACCAAGUAUCGGCCUCCGAUCAUGCCUAUUGGUCGCGGUGCUUAUGGAAUCGUCUGCUCGAUGUUGAAUUCGGAGACGAACGAUAUGGUUGCGAUCAAGAAGAUAGCCAACGCUUUCGAUAAUUACAUGGAUGCUAAGCGAACCCUUCGGGAGAUUAAGCUUCUUCGCCAUUUGGAUCACGAAAAUGUCAGUUUUUUUUAA